UUCAAAAUCAGAGGGGGGUAGUCAUGGUCCAAGUUCACUUGCUUGCCGUUCCAGGUGAAUCCUCUUUUCUGCCAUGCCUUGCGAAGGAGAAGUUCUUUGGUUUUAAAACUGAGGAAUUUUACAAUAAUAGAUCGCGGGGGAGCGUCGCUUGGGGGCGGAGGGCCUAGAGAGCGAUGAGCCCGUUCAAUGUGCAUGUCGAACUCGUCUUGGGACAGCACCAAACCCUCCCGCAGCAACUUCUCCACAAAGUCACCCAUUGAUGCCGAGUCCCGUUCUGCCGCCUCGGGKUCAGACCUCAGACUGGUGCUGGUGGGUCAGGAGCGAGUGGGGAAGAGCUCAGCAGGAAACACCAUCCUGGGAAAGAAGGAGCUGGACUGUCGGUUCAGCUCCGUCCCUGUGACUCUGAGCUCCCAGAAGGUCGAAAGUGAGGUUGAAGGUGGCAGAGUGGUGGUGGUGGACACCCCUGGCCUCUUUAGCACCCAGCUGUCUGCAGAGCAGGUGAAGGAAGAGCUGCUAGCAGCUGUGGAGCUGAGCUCUCCUGGUCCACACGUCUUCCUCCWCACCCUCCAGCUGGGCAGGUUCACCCCCCAGGAGCAGAAGGGGAUGGAAACACUGCAGAAGAUCCUGAGUCCUGAAGUCUCCAAACACACCAUGCUGCUGUUCACCUACGGAGACCGUCUGGAAGACACCGAUAUCCAGCAGUUCAUCAGAGAGGAUGCCAACCUGCUGAAGCUGCUAAAGAGCUGCAGCGGCCAGUACCACGUGUUCAACAACAAGAAUAUGGAGGAAAGGAGUCAGGUCCAGCAGCUGCUGGAUAAAAUCCAGAUGAUCUCCCAGGAUGGGAGGCUGAUCUACCAGAGAGGAACCAAGUCAGAGGAGUCCAGAUGCAGUCUUUCUUGACUUGGAUAAGGAAGCAGUUGCUUAGACGCUGAUGGGUGUUUGCCGCAGCGUCUCCAUCAGAGGAAGGAAAAAA